UCAAACUCCAUUGCCGUCUUUAAUCUUCAUUGGCACAAGGCUAAAGAUUCACUAGAUCUUGAAUAAUUCUGAUCCGGCCGAGCCGUCCUUAGUCGUCUGUGUCACAAUCACAUGUGCCUCCACAGCAACACUUUCUUUCCCCUAGAAUUCCUAUAAAUCUGAUCAAAUUCUCAACACUGCAAACUCAAACACUGAUAACGCAAUCGAAUUACAUAGAAAAAUAUCAUCAAGCAUGGCUCUUUCUCGUGCCCUCAUCGUAGCUCUCCUUACUGCUACCAUCUUUCCAACCAUUUCCAUGGCAACAGACUUCAUAGUUGGAGACGGAAAGGGUUGGACAGUGGGGUUCGAUUACCAAACCUGGGCUGCAAACAAGGUCUUCCACGUCGGGGACAAACUCAUAUUCGAGUAUUCUACUGGAGAGCACAAUGUGUUCAAAGUGAACGGAACAGACUUCAGGAACUGCACUGUUCCUGCAGCAUCUCAGGGAUUAACUUCAGGAGAGGAUGUGAUUGUGCUGGAAACUCCAGGAAGAAAGUGGUACUUAUGUGGGGUUGGUGAUCACUGUCAAAAUGGGCAAAAGCUUUUCGUGAAUGUUUUGCCUUCUGAAACACAGGCUCCAUCUCCUUCACCUUUGUCAUCUGUGUUGCCUGUGACUGUGCCUCGAUCUCCAUCUCCAGCUCCAUGGUCUUCUCCUUCUUCUUCGCCUGUACUUUCCAAAUAUAGAUGGGUUCCUAGGAAGCUAAUUGCAAUGUUUCAACCCUGAUUAAUUACUUGGGGCUGUUUUAGCAUGUUUCUUGGAGGAAGGUCCUUCUCUGGCCAGCUGCUAGUGCAUUAAUAAUACUCUAAUAAUACCUUCUGUUUUGUAAUUUCAAGAGUUGAUUUGGUUUCAUGGUAAUACGAGUUGCGACAUAUACCAUUA